AUGAAGUCGACAUUAUUUUCGGCUGGGCUAUUCGCCUGCCUUUUCUCUUUGGUCUCAGCAACCGCUUUAACUUAUAAAAUUGGUGCUAACGAGCAGGCUUGCUUUUAUGCUGCAGCCGAAAAGAAGGGCUCCAAGAUUGCCUUCUACUUCGCCGUCCAAUCUGGAGGCUCGUUCGAUAUUAACUAUGGAGUAACUGGUCCGGGAGGCAAGGUUAUUUUGGACGGAGAGAAGGAGCGUCAAGGUGAUUUCGUCUUCACGGCCAAUGAGGUUGGCGAGUAUAAGUUUUGCUUCGAUAAUGAUAUGAGCACAUAUUCGGAGAAGUUUGUUGAUUUCGAAAUUUCUGUUGAGGACGAAGUACGGGCUCAGCUUCCCUCUAAGCAAGGAUCGACUCCAGAACAGACAACAGCUCUUGAAGAAUCUAUAUACAAGGUGUCGGGUCAACUGUCCACAAUUGCGCGAAACCAAAAGUACUUCCGCACGCGAGAAAACCGAAACUUCAGCACCGUCCGAAGCACGGAGUCACGAAUCGUCAACUUCAGCCUGGUCCAGUGUCUGAUGGUUAUCUGCAUGGGUGGCUUGCAGGUCUUUGUCGUCCGAUUCUUCUUCCAGGGCGCACGAAAGGGUUACGUGUAA